CCGCCUCCGAAAACCCCCGUGUCCUCUGGCCGGACCCACCCCCGGCACGGUGACUCAGCCAGCCAAGCUUUUCCUUAUAUAACGCGGCGUCACCGCCACGCCGGGCCAGCGCCUGCUCAACUGCCCCUGCCUCAGUUUCCCCUCACCGGGGUGUCACGGUCACCGUCGCCGCAGCCAUGUGGAUGGUGUCACCGCCGGUCGAUGAAGGAUCUCACCAGCUUGUCUGGCUUUGGGACCACGGCAAAGGCAGGGUGCAAAGCCCACUAGUAGGACAUGACCCUUAAACUCUUUCUCUAAAGCUUAGCCAUAUAGGUGUUUUCCAGUCCACAAAGAAGCUGUUCCUGAGUGAGCGAGUGGGCCAGGGCCGGACGCUGGAGUUCAUUCGGAAAAACGCUGCCAACGGGCUCUCCAUGGCCAAUCUGGUGGCAGGGCUCUCCUCCAUCCUCUGCAGCAUCAACAGGCAAUACCACCACUCAUGCUGGCUGCUGCUGGUGGGAUUUCUGCUCGAUUUGGCUGACGGAGCCGUUGCCCGACAGCUCAACGCCUGCUCGGCACUGGGUGCCAAACUGGAUGAUUUUGCCGAUUUUACCACCUUCGGGCUGGCCACAGCUCUGCUGCUGCAGCCACAGGGAGUCCUGGAUGGGCUACUGGCCAUCGCCUACGUGAUGGCUGUAUUCGCUCGCCUCUGCUUCUUCUCCAGCGCAGGGAUCCCCUUCACCUACCGGGGGCUGCCCUGUCCCUACGCCUCCUCGCUGCUGGCGGGCACCUUCCUGCUCACGGGAGGUAACGUCACCCUGCUGCGUGUCGCCGCCAUCGUCAUGAUCCUCUUCAUGGUCGAUCGGGGUUUCUACCCCCAUGACAAGGUGCUGGAGUCCCAGCUCUGGAAGAAAUUGGUUUACGCCGGAGGGGUGGUGGCCGUCCUCUUCUCACCGAUGGCGGUGGCUUCCGUCUAUUGCCUCGCCUGGUCGACAUCCUACAUCAUCUUCCCCUUCGCUGUCUGGAGCUGCAAAGCCUAAACCCAUCUUUGCCUAAUGCCUAGUAAAGCCUUCCUCCUCCUCCUCCUCGCUCUCGGGUGCUGCCUCCUCCACUGGGAUCUCCCUUUGCUCUUCUCACCAAAUCCAACCUGCGGCGGGAGCCUGUUUAGAAAAGAAAAGGGAAGUAAUUGAGCAGUAGGAAAGGCUCCGCUCCAGGGGAGCCCCAAAAUUCCCUUCCCACACCCUGUCCCUCGUAGGGGUGGGGCGUGAGCAAAUCUCCAUCCCCUGUUACAAGAACAGCCCCGUUCCAGAGACCCCCCAAACCCUUCCCUGCGCGGAGGAACGUGAAAUUUAGGGAUUUCUCCCGCUGUACAGUGUUAAUUUAUUACAAGGGGGAGGUUUACACCCCCAAAAACGAGGACGCCCCCUCCCUGGGGGAAGGAAGCCGCCGAUCAAAUCUCCAGAGGGGUUUUGAAACCUGACGCACCAGCAUUGUUUUGGUAUUUAUUAUUUUACCCAUCGCUGUAGGGAAAUAAUCUCUCUAACAUGUUUUAUUUUCCCCCCCU